AUGAAUGGUGUUGAGGUUAUAGCUCUGGGUUUUAUUCGUUUCUGCACAUUGUUGGAAAGAGAGAAUAAUAGAAGAUCCAAUCAGGCAAGAUGGCUCCAGUAUAAGAGAUCAUCAUCAUGGGCUGAUCUUCCACAAGAACUUCUUGAGAUUAUUUCUAAAAGUCUGAAUAUAGUAGACUAUCAAAUCCCUGGUCGAGUUUGCAGAAGCUGGAGAUUGUUUUAUUCAGAACUUAAACAGAGUUUUUUGACAUCUCAUUCACCACUUAUUGUUCAUGCAUCAGCACGAGCUAAGAAGUAUUGUCAUUUCUUUGCCAUAGCUACUCGAAUGAAAUACAAGACUAAGCUGCCUCGAUGUAUUUGCAACUUCGAAUUCUGUCUUGGUGUAUCAAGUGGGUACUUAAUUAUGCUCUCUCUCAAGACAAAAGAUGUUUCAAGGGAUUAUUUAUGGGUUAUAAAUCCUUUUACAGGACAUCAAAUCCUAUUCCCUCGCAUGCCCUGGACUCCUCAUUGUGUUAAGGAUUAUCAUGACCCUGGCUUCUUCCAUAGCAUCUUUGCUUCCUUUCGGUCAGAGGGACAAGAUUUUCUUAUUAUGAUUCUUGAUAAGUAUUGCUUAAGCUUGCAGUUCUGUAUUUCUAGAGAUAACAAGUGGAAAGAAUACAGUUAUUUUGGCAAGGGUUGGCAUAUUUUGGAUAUGGCUGUUUUUGAUGGUAGGAUAUAUGUUCUAAACAGCCUUUCUCAGAUUGGGAUAUUCAACUUGAGAUCUUGUGAUUUGAGGUUUUUGAAACUGAAAUUAGCACCUCGUUUCUUAAGUUGUUGUUAUAACUGGAUUAGGUUCGUGGUUUCAAAUGAUCAUCUAUUUGUAUUUGUUUCGAAUAUAGUUUACAGAAUAGACUUGUCAAGGAUGGAAUGGGUGAAGGUGUAUAAUUUAGGUGAUCAAGCUUUGUUUCUUGGCCAUGGUGACAUGAUGUGUUCCAAGGGCAGUAAAUGUAUGAGCAAUGUUGUUAAUUCUUGCUGA